AUGAGUACAGUUUGUGUAACAGGAGCCUCUGGUUACAUAGCUUCAUGGCUUGUAAAAUUCUUGCUCCAACGUGGUCACACCGUCAGAGCCUCUGUUCGUGACCCCAAUAAUGAGAGGAAGACAGCCCACUUGCGAUCACUUGAUGGAGCCAAGGAGAGGCUUCACUUGUUGAAAGCCGACCUAUUGGAGGAAGGCUCGUUUGAUUCUCUAGUUGAUGGCUGUGAGGGGGUUUUUCACACAGCGUCUCCUUAUAUCGAUUCAUUCACGGAUCCACAGGUAGAAUUAAUCGAUCCUGCUCUAAAGGGGACUCUUAACGUUCUCGAAUCAUGUUCUAGAACACCAUCUGUGAAAAGAGUGGUUUUGACAUCUUCCAUGGCUGCAGUAGCAUUUGAUGGUCGUCCUCAAACUCCUGAAGUUGUAGUCGAUGAGACUUGGUGGUCCAACCCAGAUUUUUGCAGAGAAAAUAAACUCUGGUAUAUCCUUUCAAAGACAUUAGCUGAGGAUGCUGCCUGGAAAUUUGUAAAGGAGAAGGGCAUUGAUAUGGUUGUGAUAAACCCAGCAAUGGUUAUUGGUCCUUUAUUGCAGCCAACACUCAAUACAAGUGCUACUAAGAUUUUGGGCUUACUAACUGGUGGAGAAACAUACCCAAAUUCUGCCUUUGGAUGGGUUCACGUUAAAGAUAUUGCCAAUGCACAUGUUCUGGCAUUUGAGAAUCCUUCGGCGAAUGGAAGAUAUUGUAUUGUUGAGAAAGUUGCACACUAUUCUGAUAUCGUGAAGAUAUUGAGUGAGCUCUAUCCCGAUCUUCAACUUCCAAAAAAGUGUGCGGACGAAAAGCCAUUUAUAGCAAUGUACAAUGUCUCCAAGGAAAGAGCAAAGAGCCUGGGUUUGGAAUUCACACCUCUUGAAGAAAGCAUCAAAGACACUGUUGAAAGCUUGAAGGAGAAGAACUUCUUUAAGCCCCCUAUUACCCAAAGUGAAAGUCAUUCAUAA